AUGAUGGCAUCUACUUGGUCCAUCCAGGCCAACAAGGGCCAGGAUGAACUUUUGGAAAUAAAGAUAGAGGAAGAGGAGGUGGAGGAGGAAAAUAAGUAUACCGCCAGACAGGAUCAGAACCUGCAAAAGAACACCACCCACAGCAGGGAGGUCUUCCGACAGUACUUCAGGCAGUUCUGCUACCAGGAAACAUCUGGACCCCGUGAGGCUUUGAGCCAACUCCGGGAACUUUGCCAUCAGUGGCUGAGGCCAGAGACCCAUACAAAAGAGCAGAUUCUGGAACUGCUGGUGUUGGAGCAAUUCCUAACCAUCCUGCCCGAGGAGCUCCAAGCUUGGGUCCAGGAACAGCAUCCGCAGAGUGGGGAAGAGGUGGUGACUGUGCUGGAGGAUUUAGAGAGAGAGUUGGAUGAGCCAGGAUAUCAGGUCUCAGUCCACACUGAGGAACAGGAAAUGUUCUUGCAGGAGAUGGUAGCUCUAAGAACAGAACAAGAACCCAGAAUGUCCCUCCCAUCUGUGAAAGCCCAGCUAAAAUGUGAAUCUCCAGAAAUUGAAGCCCAGAAGAAGCAAGUUUCAGAUGUUGAGACUGGAAAUGAGUAUAGGAAUUUAACUCUAAAGCAAGAAGUUUCUGAAGAAAUGAAACCAUAUGGGACUAUAUCUAGCAAAUUUGAAAAUGAAAUGUCUCAGUCAGCUAGGUAUGAAAAAACUUAUGAACAUGAAGAAAAAAUAGGAGAGCCUUCUGGAUACUCCAGGGAAGAUAAACAACAUACAUGUGAUGAAAAUGGAGUAAGUUUGACUGAGAACUCAGACCUUUCUGAACACCAGAAAGUCUGUCCAGGAGAAAAGCGUUAUGAAUGUGAUGACUGUGGAAGAGCUUUUAGUCAACACUCAUGCUUCGUAGAACAUCAGCAGAUCCAUACUGGAGACAGGCCCUACAAAUGCGAAGAAUGUGGAAAAACUUUCCGUGGGAGAACUGUGCUUAUUCGACACAAAAUAAUACACACGGGAGAGAAACCAUAUAAAUGUAAUGAGUGUGGCAAAGCCUUUGGCCGGUGGUCAGCUCUUAAUCAACAUCAGAGACUUCACACAGGAGAGAAACACUACCACUGUAAUGAAUGUGGCAAAGCCUUUAGCCAGAAAGCAGGCCUCUUUCACCAUCUCAAAAUCCACACAAGAGACAAACCUUAUCAUUGUACUCAGUGUAAUAAAAGUUUUAGUCGGCGUUCAAUUCUUACCCAGCAUCAAGGAGUCCAUAGUGGGGCAAAGCCCUAUGAGUGCAGCGAGUGUGGAAAGGCCUUUGUUUAUAACUCCUCCCUUGUUUCCCAUCAGGAGAUCCACCACAAAGAAAAAUGCUAUCAGUGUAAGGAAUGUGGGAAGUCCUUCAGUCAGAGUGGCCUUCUUCAGCAUCAGAGAAUCCAUACUGGGGAGAAACCCUACAAAUGUGACGUAUGUGGAAAAGCCUUUAUUCAGAGGACAAGUCUUAUGGAACACCAACGAAUUCACACUGGAGAGAGACCCUAUAAAUGUGAUAAGUGUGGGAAGGCUUUCACUCAAAGAUCAGUCCUCACGGAACAUCAGAGAAUCCACACCGGAGAGAGGCCCUACAAAUGCGAUGAGUGUGGGAAUGCCUUCCGAGGAAUCACCAGUCUCAUUCAGCAUCAGAGAAUCCACACUGGCGAGAAACCCUACCAAUGUGACGAAUGUGGCAAAGCCUUCAGACAGAGGUCAGAUCUUAGUAAACACCAGAGAAUCCACAAUAGAGGUGGUCCCUAUGAAUGUAAAGAGUGUGGGGAGUCGUUUAGGCAGAACUCAACUCUUACUCAACAUCAGACUACCCACAAAGGAGAAAAAUCUGGUUCUGUGUGAAGACUGCAGGGAAGCUGUCUCACAGAGUGCAGGCUGGAGAGGAAUACUAGCUUUGAGAUGAUUUAGGACAAAAUGUUAGUCACUAUUGCUAUAAGGUAACUUCGGAUAUUUCAUAAAAAAUACACUCUGUGCUGCCCAUUUCAUUAGGUGCUGUGGAGAACAAGAAGCAUAACACCAGAUUCCUUUUCUCAAAGAGUUUACAACCUAGUUUGGGAUAUAUAAGGUCCACCUGUUUAGUCAAGACUAUAGGACAAUAGAAUUGAUGCUCAAAGUAGUGUAGAAUUAAAGUGGCACUUGGCAAGCUAUAAAUUCUGAAGGACAGAUCACUGUUGCCUGAAGUGGUCAGGAAAGACUUUAUUUAAGAUAAAGGUUUGAUGGGGAUAUUUGGAAGGCAAAAGGGAGAAAACAUUUAGGGUAGAACAAAUGUAAGCAGAGUGCAUGUAGUUCGGAAGCAUCAAUGACAAGACUAGCCAACCUAAAGUAGAGAGUUCAUUCAAACUGGGCAGUUGAUGGCACUACGUUGGAAACAUAGCUUGAGGACAGUCUCUGGGAGGGUUAGAAUGCCAAUAAUUUCACCUUAUACUUUGACACUUACAAAGCACUUUUCUCAUUGAAUUCCUAAAAUGUUUCUAUAAAUUAAAAUUAUUCUCCAUUUUAAAAAUGAGGAUACUCUUGCUUAUGGAGAUGGUGACAUAGCUACAAUAUCACACAAAGGAAAAGACCAGCAGCUUAAGUGCAGUUUUGUGACUUCAAGUCCUGUUCAUUAUACCAGUGAUUCCUCAACAUCAGUGAACAUCAGAAUCACCUGUGGAGCUUGUUUAACAUACCUGAGUCCCACUCACAGAUACUAUGCUUCAUUAGGUCUGAGAUGGGGAUUGAGAAUCUUCAUUUUUAUAGCUCCGCAGUCACCUGAUGUACUCUAAAUUUUGAGAAACGUUGCGCUGAAUCACUGCUGCCUUCGUGGUUGCUAGUGAAGUGAGGAAGCAUGAACACAGGCCGCUGCAGAUUUUUAGCAUGAGGAAAGCCCUUCAGGGGACAUGUGCCACCAGCUCUUUACAAUGAACAGGGAAUUGGACCACCAUCAUGCCUAAUAACUAGGUCUUCAAGAUGGCCUUUCUGUCCCUUCAAAUUUAAAUGUUUCAAAAAAGACCUAUAUUCCAAGGCUUCCAAGGUUCUUCUGAGUGUAAGGCGUGUGUGUGUGUGUGUGUGUGUGUGUGUGUGUGUGUGUGUUUAGGGGUGGGGUGCUGGUGUUCUUCCCUGUUAUACACUUCCCUUUUUUCCCACCUCUGUAGUUACCAUUGUGUUCUGAAUCCCCUAAUAAUUUCUCGUGAGAACUGGCUUAUAAUUUUUUGGUUUGUAUACCUUCUUGAGCACAUAAAAGAGCCAAAGAUGAGUGAUUCUUUCCCUUGGGGCUUCAGAAAAAAAAUCAACCAAAAACUGGUUGACAUUAUCCCUAUAUUACUGAGUAAACGAUUCUGUUUUUGAUGAGAACCUGUGAUGAUCAUUGUAGUGGAUAGCAGGCAAGCCACAAAGAAGUACACACAGCCCCUGGUCUGUUUAUCUUUUUAUUUACAGAAGUCAUAUUUGAUCUCUACUGAGAUGUCCUUUUAUUUCUUUCCUGUUCGACCUUGCCACAGCAAACUCCAUAAUUUCUAGGACUGCCUUCCCACCUCACCCCACACAACUUCAGUCCCCUCAUCUCCCUUCACCUCUAGCUGGUCAGUGCGUUUGAAGUGGUAGGAUAGUGACAAAAGAGGAAGGAGAGAAAAAAGAAGGGUAAUCACCAUUCUUUAACUGUUCUAACUACCUUUCUGCCCAGCCCUGUCUUUAUCCCGUCUCUCCACUCCUAUAAUAUACUCUACCCCCAUUUCCCUAGCGCCCUUGUCUCUUGCCCCUCUUAUCCGUAAUCCCUAUAUAGGACAUAGGAAUAUCAUCACUGGCUUGGAACUAGAAGAGUCCCUAGUCCUAUAGAAAUAUAUAUGUUCCUAGCUUUCUAAAUUGUAAUUGUGAACACAUUUUCCCAUGAAAAUGAUAAUGGUAUUAGUGCUAUAAUUUAGGCAUAUUAUGUGUCACAUUGGCUUUUGGGAUUAGAUUUACGUUGACUGGGAAAACUUUCUGAGUUCACAACAUAGGAAAGCAAAUGAACAUUUAAAAAACAACUCAUUCACAAUUUGAGGACUGCUUAGGCUUUUUCAUAAGACCAACAGUGGAGUUGUGCACCAGGCAUUGAGGCAGCUAGGAUUGGAAACAAUUUUUUUUUUAUGUCUGGAAAACGAACAAGGAUCCUAGAACUGAGCCUUGAGAGCUCUGUAGCUGUAAGUAUAUGAGGCCUAUUCCCUACCUAAGGUUACCCUGUCUCAAAUUUCUCUCAUGUAAAUUCGUCUCUUUGGAGGGGACUUGACUUAGUAACAAGAGCCUUCAUGAGAACAUCUCUUUACCAAACUGAUGCUGUCCAUAGUUGUCAUCUAAUCUGAUUCCACAAACAUGUUUUCCAAACUGAAAUUGCUCUUCAUAAUGUCAGAGCCUCUCUCUUUAAUCUGACUGCUCAAUGGAAUGCAAUCCUUAUUUUAAACUUGCUGUCUACUCUCCGUGCUGUUACUUGCAGUCUCUCCAGUUCGUCUUCUGCUUAACGUGUUCUCUCAGUGCACACAGCUUCCUCCAUUUGCCUCUAACUCCCUUAAGUAAUAUUAUAAAGGAACCAUAAACAAAGACCCAGAACAAUGGAAUAUGCCUAUGAUAUAGAAGAAUACAGUUCGUAACUUAUUUAAAAAUAAAUGUGGGGGUUUUGUUCUGGUUGUUUCUUGUGCUUAAAUACAGUUGUAGAACCAAAAGAAAGGGCGGAGUGGCAUGGGGUUUCCAGGUAGGCAUCAAAGGGGGUCAAACUAGUCCUAGAUAAGGAGAAGAUAUAAGGUUACUAUCUGGAACUAAAUUGGCCACACAGAUAAGUUGAAGGCCCUGAGGGGCAAGUGGAGGACAUGACAUGUUAGAUAUGGAGUUGGGGAGUGCAGUGAACAGAAAAUGCCUUGAGAUGAAGUCAGGAGUACAUCUUUAUGUAUAAAAGAUGUGGUGUGAUAAUGACAGGACCUAGGAAAUCAGGGUCCCUUGAAGCAGUUCAUCUAUGUGGAUUUUUAAAUCAUCAGUAACAGGAGGCAGGAUGGAGAGAAAAGAGUAUGAAAGUGAAGCAAGUCCACAAGAGAAGUAAUGGCAGCCAGUAAUACAACAGCCAGGUAGAACAACUGGUAUAAAACUCAAAGGAAUCAUGAAGCAGCAGCUUAGAAAUAACAUUAAGGAUGAGAAUAAGAUUGACUAGCCUGUCUUCUAAUUGAUCGAAGGUAAACAAGAUAUUGAGUGUUUGAGGCAAAAAACACCUGGAGAGGUUGGGGGAGAAUCAAAUUUCUAAAGCAGUGAAAAGUAAAAUGAACUUAAACAUGGGCUUUGGAUGAAAAAGUAACCUGACAAUCACAAAAGGGUUCCAGAGAGUGUAAUAGAAAGGGACUGAAGGGAAGGAAGAUGGGCCCCUUUUGAAAAAAAACAAAAGCAAACAAAAAAGGGUGCUGAGCAGGGCUCUGGGAUUGAGAAAUCUCGUGGGCAUGGUGAGGAUGGAGGUGGAGAGCAAUCAGAUAGAAGCACUUAGAAAAGCUCUGCACUCCUGUACUCAGAACAGAAGUAGCCUCUUUCAUUAAUAUUCAGUGAUUGAUUGUAAAGUUGUUAACAGUCAAAGUCUUAUUAUUGGCAAUCCUUAGGAGUAGAGGAAAGGAUUUAUUAAGAGUAGUAUGUAAUUGUUAACUGCUUACUAAGGGCCAGACAUUAUUAAAUGCUUUACUCACAUUAUUUCAUUUUUAGCUGGGGAAACAAAUCAAUAAGGCUGCUUGAGGUCACAAAGUUAGUAUGUGGUGGGACCAAGAUAUGAACUAAGCAGUUCCAGAGCCCACUCUUCCUCUGUUUAUUUCAGAGGAACAAACUGCAUGUUGCAGUGGUAUUCAGUGCUUUGAGUUAUUACCUGUAGAAAAUUUUCAAUUCCUAUCACUAUUCUGGAAAAUACUUAAGAAACUCUGUAGAGUCCUGGGUCCAAACACCAAAGGCAAUAAUAUCCCCAUCCUCUUGCAUACUAAAUCUUGGAUGAAGUUUGGGCCAGCAUAAAUAUCAGCCCUAAUUCUUGUUGCCUGCACAAUGAGGGUGUCUGCGGGAGACAUUUCACUUUAAAGAUGAGCUCUUUAUAGGAAAGGAUCACACUUCUAGCUUAGAACCAUUAUUCUAUGCAUUAUUCUGACAGAAUAAGGGAUAUCUGACUGUCUAAUAUAAAUCAUAAAGAUUAGAUGUCCCCAUUAUGGAUCUAUCCAAUAACUCACUAUGGAUAUACCUUUGAUGAGGGUUUUUAAAAGUGUUUUUAUAUUUGUAGCUAGUACCACUUCUUGGAUUAAAAAAAACUUAGGUAAGUAUAUAUUAUAUAAAAUAGUUCUUUCAGAUGCUCCUCCUGACUCCACAAGCACAGAAUUUAUUUGAGCAACAAGUGUUUGUUUAAUAUAGGGAUAAUCAUUUUGAUAACUUUAAUUGAAUUUUCUCAACUUUCAACCUUUCACACUGAAAAUUUUACAUUUUAAAUCCCUUCCAGCAGUUCAUCAUUUUAUUAGAAUUUCUUUGGGUCCUCUCUCCUUCCAAAUGUUUCUGGGUAUAACUGGUAAGGAG